AUGGAAUCAAUAUCAGAUGAGCUACGAACAAAGUUCACUGUGGCACUGUCGGAAAUGUACAAAUCGGAGGUGCCUCUCUAUGGAGAUCUCAUCAAGAUCGUCCGCAGGGUAGACGAUUUAGUUCUGAGACAGCAAGGUCUCAAGCGGCAGGACCUACCCUUGCGACACGACCUUGAGCGUCACGGCGCAAUAAGAGUCGGUUCAGAUGAAGAAAUGCGCAUCAUAAGGCGGUUGUUUGCCGUCCUCGGAAUGCAUCCGGUCGGGUACUACGACCUGACAAUCGUUGAUUUUCCCCUGCACGCGACGGCAUUUCGUCCCAUUUCCGAAGACUCCUUGGCGAGUAACCCGUUCAGAGUCUUUACAUCUGUUCUUCGCAAAGACCUACUUUCCGAAGACACCCGGGAUACGGUAGAGCGGAUUCUCAAGAAGCGCUCCCUGUUCACGCCACGCCUCCUUGAGAUCCUGGACGCUGCGGAAGCAAGUGGCAGCGUUAAGUCGGAAGAUGCCGAUGACUUUGUGGCAGAAAGUUUAAAGAUCUUCAAAUGGCAUGGGCGGUCUACCGUAUCGCUAAAGGACUACCUAAAGCUCAAGAAAGAGCAUCCCAUGAUUGCCGAUAUUGUCUGCUUCCCAAGUGCGCACAUCAACCACCUCACCCCGCGGACCCUCGACAUCGACCUGGUACAAGAAGAAAUGAUCAAGCGGCACCUCCCGGCAAAGGACAGGAUCGAAGGGCCACCCCGUCGAAAAUGCCCCAUUCUUCUUCGACAGACAAGCUUCAAAGCUUUGGAAGAACCGGUAAGUUUCCCUGGCAUCGACGGGAGUCUGACUCCAGGUUCCCAUACCGCACGGUUUGGUGAGAUCGAGCAGCGUGGCGCGGCAGUGACCCGGAAAGGGCGCGAGCUCUAUGACGAGCUCCUUAGAUGCGCUACGCAACAAGCAGCGAGUGACGGAUCUAAUUUCGAUGAGGCAUGGGCCAAAGUAUUCGAAGCUUACCCCGACGAUUGGGACGAACUUCGAGCUCGCGGCCUGGUAUAUUUCCGUUACCGCCUGUCCGGUGAUAGGCGGAAUGGGACCAAUGGGGUCCAGAAUUCAAAGGAUUUGCGUCCAGAUAUCGUCUCUGCAGAGGACCUUCUGUCAAGCGGAGUCCUCGAGUGCGAACCCAUCACGUACGAGGACUUCUUACCCUUGUCGGCGGCUGGCAUUUUCAAGUCUAACCUCGGCGAGGAUGAUUCGCAAUCGCCGUCAAUACGGGACACUCUUGGUAGCAUAUCGGACCUGGAAGAAAUUCUUGGGUGUGAGAUCGAGAACCAAUCCGUCCAACACAUUCCGGUGGUCAUAGGGCACCAUGCUCCGAGAGGAUUAGCGCUGCAGGGCCAAGAUUGCGGGAAUGAAUUGUCCCUUCCUUAUGUCGACUGGAAUCGUCUUUGCCUCAUCAUCUCCAAGCUGACCUGGUUGGAUCUCAUCGAAGCCAUCAUGACCACUCCCUUAGUACCUCCCGCCAAGCGAGCGAGAGCGGAUGACGACGAGUCUUCGUCCACAUGGGGUAAGAAGCUCUCUCGGAAACGAGCCGCUCUCGCGUGCGAGGAAUGCCGCAGUCGGAAGCGGCGAUGCGACGGAGGAUUCCCGGCAUGCGGAGGUUGUGCCAAGCGCAUGUCGACCUGCAUUUACUCUUCGGAUGUAGAGACGAGAGCGUGGAACGCUAGAUAUGCUGAUAAUGGUUUCGAACUCGGCACGACUUGCAGCAUGAUACAGCUGCUUCGGAAUCAAUUGCAAGAGCUCGAAGCCGCCGAGCAGUCCAAUCGAGCGCCCGCCGAAGGACCGGGUGCCCCUAUCACUGAGAACCGCGAGACUUCGACACCUUCUCCCGCUCCGGAAGGGCGACGGAGUCAAAGCCCGAACUCCCUCCCUGCGACAAAUAAAGAAGCACUUGAUGACGGUGCCACAGACCUCCACGCAGCCACCGCACCUAUUGAGAUCAUAGGACAGCCUACAGAUCGCGACUCCUGUUGCCGACCCCCAAAAAUCAUCUUCUACCUAUCUAUCUCCUCGCGACUCACAGACAGGGACAGAAACCGCCGGCAGCGCCUCAGCGUCGCGGGAUUACUUCGAACCACGAGGCUUCGAAAGGCUGAUGAAGCCGCUGCACCCGGAAAUCGACGUCGACUGCCUACGAUCACCAUCGUCAAAUCGAAGCACCCAAGACAAAGCGAACGAGCGUUAUUUGCCUGCGCAAUCGACGAUGAACUCCUGGGUGACAUCAAGGGAAAAUGGAAUUCCCAACCAAAGGAUGUUCCAAGCUUGCUAGAAGCCUACAUCCAAACCAUCAAACUCUACAAUAUCCUAGGCCAUGUUCUCGAUGACGACGAGCCGUAUGAAUCCGCCUUUCAUAGGAACGUGGGCAGGUCGUCGAAUGAAGCAAUCUUGGAUUUCAACGCUCUACUCGACCUGGAUACCGCGGCAAUGAAGUGGAGGGAUUCUCUACCGUCAUAUCUCCGCUUCGACCCGACCUCGACGGCCGACUUCGAUGAGCCGCGGGACGAGUCUCUCGUGUACUUGCACGCACGCUUGCUCAUCCAGCGACCUGCUCUUGAUCUCCUUUUCCAAAGGCAAAAUCGCAAUAAAGUCGCCGCUCGGACAGAGCCGCCAGAGUUCCCGCCGCUACAUGAUUUGAUGCUUCGGAAUAUAGCUCCUCAGUGCCUCCUUAUUGCCCACAAAAUGGUCGAGUCCCUUGAUGCGGAUAUUCGUUCACGCGACUUGCUCGCUUGGUGGUACAACGUCAGAUAUUUACACAGCGCCGCCAGCACUCUAUUCGUUGGUCAGCUCUCCGGUUGUUUCGACGGCAGCACGUCACCGGCUGCGUCAUCGGCAGGCUUUGAUCUGUAUGUGCAGCUCCUUCGAGAGAGCGCAAAACGACUGUUGCCGGACCAGAGUUACCAGAAGCUGUCGCAAGUAAAUGGGGCUAGCGGAUCGAGAUCCAAGGUCACCGCGCACGAUACUGUCCGUCAACACCAACGCCCGAACACCUCGGGUCAACCGGACAGAGGCUUCUUCCCCCAUUACGAUGUGUCAACGUCGUCAGAACAACAACAGACAGAAGGAACAAACCACGGACCAAACGACAAACAAAAAUCUUAUCAGUUACAACGGCCAAGGUCACAGCAAUGGGUGGCUGAGGACCUCGCCGGCAUUGAGCUGGAUGUUGAACUCGCAGGGGAUGGAAGUUUUACUGGCGACUUGUGGAAUAUGGAUUUGCCUCAAUCUCCCACCUGGCUUCCCGGGCCUUUUAUUCCUAAUUGGGACACCUUUACUAUGCCAAUGGACUGA